AUGGCAAAUCCCAUUCAGAGACCAAACCGUAACAUCUCAGAUUCACUACCCACUCUUCCUUCUGAUCUAAUUCCAGAAAUACUCUCUAGGCUACCGGUGAAGUACCUUCUCCGAUUCCGAUGUGUCUGUAAAAUAUGGAAUUCUCUAAUACUUGAUCAUAAAUUCACCAGAAAGCACCUUAAGUCAACCACACGCACCAUCCUCCAAUCUGUAAGCUACCAUACUCCUUCGUCCCAUUAUAUUCUGAAGUCUUUCUCGAUUCAAUCCAUUUUCGCAGACAUGGCCACUAACAUCACUCAACACGAGUUUUCAUCCAAAGAUGUUUUUAGACACAAAAUACAUGACAUUGUUGGCUCUUGUGACGGAAUCCUUUGUCUUGCCAACUAUUAUAAACCUUUAAUUGUAUUGUGUAAUCCUUCCAUUAGAAAAUUCAAGGAAUUAUCCCCUUUUGAUAACCCACGAGUGGAUAGCGAUAGUCAGUUUAAUAUGACAUGUGGAUUCGGCUAUGAUCAUGUUUCUCAUAAUUACAAAGUGGUUGUUGUUUACAAUUUCACUGUCAAAGGUAUUCCUGAAUACACAACUAAUGUAAAAGUUCAUACGUUGGGUACUAAUUCUUGGAAAAACAGUCGGAUGUUCCCUUCUGAUACCGUUUUCACUGAGCCAUCUGGAAAAUAUGUAAGUGGCACAAUUAAUUGGUUAGUCUUUCUUAAAGGGCGUCAUAGUGAUCCACCCUUUAUUGUUUCUUUUGAUUUGGAUAAGGAGUCUUAUCAAAAGGUCUUCCUUCCGGAUCUUGGAGAGAUAGAUGUGUUUGACUUGACAUUGGGUGUGUUGAGGGAUUGCUUGUGCUUAAUUUAUGAUCACGAAGUUUGGUUCAUGAAGGAAUAUGGAAUUAAAGAGUCUUGGAUUAAAUUGUUCGACCUUUGUUACUUGCAAGAUUCAACCAACAGUUCUAUCUUGACAAAGGUAUUAUAUAUUUUUGAAGAUGAUAAUGUGCUGCUGGAGUUUAGUUACCCGGACAAACAGAAGGUGAUCCUGUACGAUUCCAAGAAUGGUACUUCUAAGAAUGUUGGUUUUAUGAAUCCUGCAAUGUUUCAACACACAUUAGAAGUCUGUAUUGAGAGUUUAAUAUCACCUUGUUUUUAA